AUGUCAGCUCUAAGCUCUAAGGUCAACUCUAAUGUCAGCUCUAAUGUCAGCUUUAAGGCUCUAAUGUCAGCUCUAAGCUCUAAGGUCAGCUCUAAUGUCAGCUCUAAGGUCAGCUCUAAUGUCAGCUCUAAGGUCAGCUCUAAGAUCAGCUCUAAGGUCAGCUCUAAUGUCAGCUCUAAUGUCAGCUCUAAGCAGGUCACAUGGUCACGUGGUCACAUGGUCUCACCCAGCAGGUCAUAUGAUCACGUGGUCACAUGGUCUCACCCAGCAGGUCACAUGGUCACACAGUCUCACCCAGCAGGUCACAUGGUCACACAGUCACAUGGUCUCACCCAGCAGGUCACAUGGUCACACAGUCACAUGGUCACACCCAGCAGGGAAGUCCUUCGACCCAAGUCAAAGAGGCUUCGGUAA